AUGUUGACGAGAAACAUAGUCAGAGCCUCUACGCGCCAACUCAGCAGUUUCACCGCACUCAGACAAAAGGAUGUGGCAUUCGGAGAUGUUCCAGUCAAGCAAAAUGAGCUUGUUUCUGGCGCUCCAAAGGAAAUGACUACGUCUCGUGUGGUUAGAAUUUACCAAGAGGCCAAGCCAGCAACACAAUCAGGACACCACAAUGGCCACUUUUGGAAGUUGGACUGGGAUGUUUUGGGAGGUGCCCACCGUUGGGAAAAUGAUUUGAUUGGUUACCAGUCCAGUGGUGACUACAUGCAAGGAACCAUCAUGAAAUUCGACAACAAGGAGGCUGCCAUCAGAUUUGCUGAGGGCCAGGGCUGGUCUUACUAUGUUAAGGAACCUAACCAGAGACACUUUAGAAAGAAGGAAUACGCCAUGAACUUUUUUCACUCUGCGGGUCCUUUGAAGCACAUCAGAACCAAGUAG